UUAUGCAAUUGUCCAUUUCACGCUUCCUGGAAAAACAAAUUUCACACUUGUCUCGCUGAACAUCUUAAACUGAGUCUUGAAAGUUAAUUUGUUUUUUUCAGGGUACCUUUGCACAUUUAGUUAUUUCAGUAGAUUAUCAAUGAAAUCAUUCCUCCAUCACAACCAGUGUGGUUACAAAUGUGUACACUACCAAUUAUCAUGGUGCUCAUAGCGAUGGGCAUGCUAUCACAUUAGAUCGAUACUUUCUUGUUUCUUAUGUUAAAUUCGUUUUAGUACUAAGAAAUGAAAUCAGUAACAGAAUUACUGGUUGUACCAGCUGGUGUGGACUAGUAUGCCUGGUCUGGUGAGACACCGAGCACUUUGUCUGAUAAGAUUACCUUCUCAAGCAGACUGUUCAAUCGUCCAAUCUACUGCAGUACCAGGCUUUUCAUAUGAUUAGGUUACUUUGCCACAAAGGAGAGAUAAGAAAGAAGAGGAAAGGGGGAAUUGACUAAACAAAAAGGAAACAAGAUGGGAGGAUACCAGCGCAUAGAUAAGUCGGCUUACAAUAUUGGGUGUCAUUUCUGUUUAUAUUCAUCCUACCAAGUCUUCAAAAGCAACCCUGUUGAUCUGUUGGCAAGGAAAACUCUCAGUAGCUUGAGAAGAACUCAAAAAUUGCAAGCAUUCACUUAUCAUAAUUCUGUAAAGAAGCAGACAACAAACACUUUGAUCCAUGUUCAUGCCUGGAGCAAAAUACAGGCAGAAAUCAGAGCUCGACGUGCUAAUAUGGUAGCAGAAGGUCGCAUUAGGCAGAAGAAACAUGACAAUCAGUUAAAACUUGAGGCUAAGCUUCAUGAUUUGGAGGUAGACUGGAACGGAGGCAGCGAGACAAAGGAGGAAAUAAUUGCCAGGAUACAGCAAAGAGAAGAAGCUGCAGUCAAGAGAGAACGAGCCAUGGCAUAUGCGUUCUCUCAUCAGUGGAGGGCAAACUCCGGGAUGAACCAAGGGCCAUUUGUCUUUGAGCUCGCGAAAGGUAAUUGGGAGUGGAGUUGGGUGGACAAAUGGAUUGCAGCUCAGCCAUGGGAGACCAGAUCUUCCACUCUCACGAAGGUAGUUAACAGAGUUGGUAAGGGUGCAAAACUACCUAGUUCAGUUAAACAUGCAAGCAUUGACGGGAAGGAAUUCGCAAAGAAACCAUCUAAGCAAUCAGAUGAAGAAACAACAAACCAAGAGUCUAACACAAAGGCAGCAAAUUCUGGUCAUUCAAGAACGAAAACUACAUAAACAAGAGAGAGAGAUCUUUACUGGCUUUGGUAGGCGCUGCCUAAUGUGUGCAUGCAGCAGUGUGUGUGGAUAUAGAGAGAAGAUUGUGUGUGAGUUGAAAUCUUCGUGGGGUUUUACCAUUUGAUGUGAAGAAUAAGAGGUGAUUUGCCCUUUAAAGUGUAGAUUACUGGAUGAGUGACAUGUAUGUGUCUUCAAGUGAAGCAGCCUCAAGGUUGGCUGCAAGCUGGGUGGGUCUUCUUCCUUUGUCCUUUCCAUGUACCAUGGUGGCCUGAGUGAUUGAGAUGAGUCCUAAGGAUUGCGAGGUCCUGUCCGUUGUCAAACGAAGAACAUUGUUGUGGUGAUUGUAAUCUUCUGUAGCAGGUCUUACAGAGUUUUGUA